GAGAUCAUAUCAAGAUGACAAAGACUACUAAACUGUUUAAUUUUUUUUUCUUAUCAACUAAGGAUGUCAUUUUUUAACAUGUGUUACAGAUCUGGGGGUGUGUCUGACCUGUUUAAACUUGGAAUUUUUUUGUCACUCUUAAGACGUAUCUUCUUUCAUAGCUUAAAAAAAGGGGCAGGUCCACCACUACUUCUUGACAGACAUAGAGAUAAAUUUAAAUUUUCUAACUGACUAAAGGCAUACGAAAUUCAACCCUAAGGCAUGGCUUGUUGGUGCUUUGUGGCAGCUUUAUUAACUGUCUUAACAUGUGAAGUACUUGCUGCAGGCAGGUGCAAUAAAGAACAAAACGGAUGCGUUUCUAAACGGAGACACUGCAAAAACAUGGAUAAACCAGUCCUCGAGUUGCAAAACCUCUUGAAAAUGAACCCAAUGAUUUCAAGAGGUGACAGGAUAAUCCUUUGUAUCAAGCAGUAUGAAACACUUAUGAUGGACAAAAAUCGGCAUCACUGUGUCUUGAAGAAAGUUUUUCUCUUCUACAGUAAAGUUCUUCAUAAACUUGCUGAAACUACACCUGAACUGCACAUCAACAUUACACAAGCGCUUGAUAUCUUUCACAGGAUGAACAGAUGCCUACGAUGCGUGCGGUGUAACAAAAAGGAAGAGUCAAAAUUAAAAACACCUUUCAAAGAGGAUAAAUGUGAAGGUUCCUUUACAGCAGAAGAAUUAGAAAAACUUCAAAUUCAGAAGCUUAAAAAAGCUAAACAUCAGUUAAAUGACCCUCUUAUUCAGAGAAAAGCAAUAGAAGAACUACCCAGACUCCUUGAAUGUCUCCCUCACAAAUGGAAAAAGAAAAAAUGCGAUAAAGAAGUCGCAGUCACAGUCACAAUGACAUUACCUUAAACAGAUACAAGUCAAAUAGGGUACAAUAACUUAAUACAAAUAAAUUUGAAUGGACGGUUUAGGAUUGGAGCAAUGUUGAAGUCAUCUUUCUCAGGUUUUUCCUGUCUGGAUUUAAAAAAAAAAUGUAUAAAGGAAGGAAAAGUUGAAGCUACUCAGGUACUCCAGUUAAUGUAAUGUCUAUUUAAUGUUCAGUGCCUGUCUACCUGGGUUUUGUAAUGUGCUGUGGCACUUAAGAGCCCUGGGAUGCUUUGCAUUUACUUGCUGCUUGUAACUCUGUCAUUUUGUUUUUCUUAGUACAUGCAAUUAAACAAUAAGCUCUUGGAUUAUUUAUUAAAAACAUUUAUAUUUUGUGCUUUCACUUACUACUGUGCAUCUAAUCUUAUGUAAUGUAAUGAAUGUUAUAAGUAUAAUACCGUUGAUGUUUCAGAUCACCCUGUACAGCUUAAUUUUGCAGGGUUUACUGUGGACUCAUUCAUUUUCAUUAACUUAAAAUGUCCAGCAGUGUUGCUGAUAUUAUUUGUAAUAUGAAAUGUCCAGAAUGAAUUUUUAGUCUUUCAUGAUACGUUUUGCACUAAGUGCAAAAAGAAAGAAAAUCUACAAAGCAAAGUAUGCAAAAUGAAAAAAGGGAAAUCCUAUGUUUUAGUACUUGGUAACCUUUUUAUUUUUAAAUUGUUCUAUUCAUAAUGUUAGAAAUCUCUUUUUUGUCCUGUAUUUAAUUUAAACUUAAUUUAACACUGGAUAGAAAAAUAAUAAUCAAACAGCACCAGUUAUAGUACUUUCUGAUUGAUUGUAUGUAGUAGUAGGGUGUUGUACUGUGUUAGCCAUUAUGGAUGCGACGAGAAGUCAAGCAAAACGACACGUUUUA